AUGCGGCUGCUGGGCAGACGCCACAUGCCCCUCCGCCUGGCCCUGGUGGGCUGUGCCUUUGUGCUCUUCAUCUUCGUCCUGCAGAGGGACUUGAGCAGCAAGGAGCAGGCCCCGAAGAAGCCCUGGCUGAAUUCCUUAGUCAACCAGAAGAAUCAGCUCCUGGGCCUCGUGCAGGGCGCUGUGAACAACCUGCGGGACGGGAAGCCCAAACUCCAGAUCAGGGCGCCCGAGCCCCAGGCCCUGCUCGUCUCCAUGAACCACUCCUGUGUGCCUGGAUUCUACAGCCCGGAAGAUCUGAAACCCCUGUUGGAACGGCCACCCCAGGACCCUGACAGCCCGGGGGCAGACGGGAAAGCGUUUCACAAGGCCACGUGGACCCCCCAGGAGACCCAGGAGAAGGAAAAGGGCUAUAAGAAACACUGCUUCAAUGCCUUCGCCAGUGACCGCAUCUCCUUGCACCGGGCCCUGGGGCCAGACACACGACCCCCGGAAUGUGUCAAACAGAAGUUCCGCCGCUGCCCCCCGCUGCCCACCACCAGUGUCAUCAUCGUGUUCCACAACGAGGCCUGGUCCACGCUGCUGCGAACCGUGUACAGCGUGUUGCACACCUCCCCGGCCCUCCUGCUGCGGGAGAUCAUCCUGGUGGACGACGCCAGCACCGAGGGGUACCUAAAGGAGCCACUGGAGCAGUACGUGAAGCCGCUGAAGGUGGUUCGCGUGCUUCGGCAGAAAGAACGGAAGGGCUUGAUCACCGCCCGGCUGCUGGGGGCCAGCGCGGCGCAGGCCGAGGUGCUCACCUUCCUGGACGCCCACUGUGAAUGCUUUCAUGGCUGGCUGGAACCCCUCCUGGCUCGCAUUGCUGAGGACGAGACGGCAGUGGUGAGCCCGGACAUCGUCACCAUCAACCUUAACACGUUCCAGUUCUCUUGGCCUGUCCAGAAGGGCAAAGUCCACAGCCGUGGGAACUUUGACUGGAGUUUGACCUUCGGCUGGGAGAUUCUCCCUCCUCACGAAACCCGGAGGCGCAGAGAUGAGACCUACCCCAUCAAAUCCCCGACGUUUGCUGGUGGCCUCUUCUCCAUCUCCAAGUCCUACUUUGAACACAUCGGUACCUAUGAUAAUCAGAUGGAGAUCUGGGGAGGGGAGAACGUGGAAAUGUCCUUCCGGGUCUGGCAGUGUGGGGGUCAGCUGGAAAUCAUCCCUUGCUCUGUGGUUGGACACGUGUUCCGGACCAAGAGCCCUCACACCUUCCCCAAGGGUAUCAGUGUCAUCGCGCGGAACCAGGUGCGCCUGGCUGAGGUGUGGAUGGACGGCUACAAGGAGAUUUUCUACCGGAGAAACCAGCAGGCAGAAAAGAUAGCCAGAGAGAAAUCCUUCGGUGACAUCUCGGAGCGCCUGCAGCUGAGGGAAAAACUCCACUGCCAGAACUUUUCCUGGUAUCUGAACAACAUCUACCCUGAGAUCUUUGUUCCUGACCUGACACCCACCUUCUUCGGAUCAAUCAGGAACCUGCAGAUCAACCAGUGCCUCGAUGUGGGGGAGAACAACAAGGGAGAGAAGCCCCUCAUCAUGUACCCCUGCCACGGCCUUGGCGGCAACCAGUACUUUGAGUACACGACCAAGAGGGAAAUCCGCCACAACAUCGCGAAACAGCUGUGUCUACACGUCAGCAGGGGCACCCUGCGCCUUCACAACUGUCACUUCACUGGCAGGAACAGCCACGUGCCCAAGGCCGAGGAAUGGGAACUGACCCAGGACCAACUCUUCAGGAACUCCGGAUCCGGUACCUGCCUGACAUCUAAGAACCAAACUCCAGCCAUGGCCCCCUGCGAUCCCAGUGACCCCCACCAGCACUGGGUCUUCAACUAGUCCUGGCCUGCUAGCUUUCC